AUGCCACCACGUUCAACUGCUCAAAAACGUUUAUUGAAAGAAUACCAACAAAUCUCAAGAGAUCCACCACCAGGAAUACUAGCAGGACCAAUAAGUGAAGAUAACUUGUUCACUUGGGAAUGUCUAUUAGAGGGACCCUCUGACACCCCUUAUGAAAAUGGUGUUUUUCCUGCUAUGUUAACCUUCCCUAAGGAUUAUCCCUUAUCACCACCAACUUUGAAAUUCGAUCCACCAUUAUUGCACCCUAACAUUUAUGCUGAUGGAACUGUUUGUAUUUCUAUCUUGCACCCACCAGGUGAAGAUCCAAACCAAUAUGAAAGACCAGAAGAAAGAUGGUCACCGGUACAAAGUAUUGAGAAGAUAUUAUUAAGUGUUAUGUCCAUGUUGGCGGAACCAAACCCUGAAAGUGGUGCUAAUAUUGAUGCUUGUAAAUUAUGGAGAGAUAAUCGUGAAGAAUACAAUCGACAAAUCAGGCAACAUGUUAGGGAGUCAUUAGGAUUAUAA